AUGGCCCAUUCCGCGUCCUGCGUCCAGCUGCCUCCAGGUGCCGUUCGGGUGGUCGAUGCGGACGAAGAGGUCUUCCUUCUCUACAGCGUCCUCGCAAGUCGGCCCCAAGCCGACGGAUCGACAGCAUUCCGCGGGCUUGGUUCUGUUGACUCUCGCCAAGAUACUCUCAACGUUCAUCUCGAAUAUGACGUCGCUACCGAGUCCGAUGGGGUAGUCAGUGAAUCUGCGACUUCUCGGAGAAAGUCAAGGAGAAAGGCAAAGUCUCAACCAGAAGGUUCGCGCAUGGCGCUGGAUAUCGUGCUGGCUCAAGACAAGACCGCGCUGCGCAGCCGGAAAGGCGACACCGGUAGCGUCCUCUGGCGGGCGAGUGUCGAUUUCGCGCAGUACGUUCUGCGUCAGCGCUACGGCCGCCCGGAAACUCCCUUGAUAGACCCAGAUAAAUUGCAAGACUCCCAUGUUCUGGAGCUAGGCGCGGGAACUGGCUUGCUCGCCCUCGCAUUCGGUUCCCUCGUCCGUCACUACACCGUCACCGAUAUAGAGAGCUUGAUGGACCUCAUCCGCAAAAAUCUUAUGCUGAACUCGACCAACAUCCCGGUUCAUAAUAUUUCCACCGAAUCGUUGGACUGGCUCGCGCUGCAAUCCACCCCGCUGGAAUCUCGCUGCCGCCUCUUCCCAGCGCCUGAGGCGGGCCCACCAGAUCUCGUCCUGGUGGUGGAUUGCAUAUACCAUCCGUCCCUCCUGCCGGCGCUCAUAUGCACGCUUGAGCAUCUUUGCUCUGGAGGCAGUCCAGCGCUCAUCGUGGCAGAGCUUCGGGCUGAGGAUGUCGUGCGCGAAUUUCUGCAGCUAUGGCUACGUAGCGGACAGUGGGAGAUUUGGAGCCUUUCCAGUGGCUAUGAGAUUAGGGAUGAGAAGAGACCCAUGGGCAUUGAGUACGUCUUGUGGUUGGGAUGGAUACGCAAAAAUGAGCCGUUGCAAAAUUCGAUCUAUCAGGUACCGACCGCGUGACUGGCGUUUGUGAUACCUGUUUGUCCGGUGUCUCGAGCGGCGCGAUCAAGAUGAAAGCCACAGGCCAACAUUAGACGCUAUCACUCCAGGCACUCAACAUCGCCACGUUCUGGUAUGUUGCGGCGAGGAGUUUGAGGGCAACGCAAUGAUGGGAGUGUAUCACGCUUACCGACAGCGGGUGCAUGCUGCAUUGCUAUCAACAUUACGUGCCUGCGUCCAAGUAAUAGUCACCCAGUGAUACUCAACAGAAAGUGGCAUUACCAACGGGCGCUUCCCUCAAGAUAACGUGACCGCGAUUCUCGAGAUUCGCGACAGACAAGUCGUCGGCGCGCGCUGUGAUUUUUCCGCCAGCCAGUCCCAAACCAAAGAGCUUCCCUCUCCGGCACGACCCACCUGGCCGCAUCAGUACUAUCAUAAUACCCCGAAGGCGUCCAGCCCGAAUCGCACGAUGGGUCGCCUAACGUGCAUUGGGUGAAGCCCGUUGUGCCCACCGUUCUCGGUGACGUAGACAGAUUACCCAUUCCUGGAACUGAUCUCAUUUUUGCCAGCCUCGAUGGAGGAUGGUUUUUGCCUGGAUCUCUUGACCUCCCAAGGCUCAAGACGGCAUACUCAGCAACUCUCCACGACUACCCUCACGCUGCCGGACGCCUUAAAUCUGAUCCAGACACUGGGAAAUGGCAUAUUGCACUGACAAAUUCCGCCAUUCCCAUCACCAUUCAUCGCACCUCGGUGGAUCCCAGGCCCGAAGUGGAGUUCAUGC